AUGAGUGUUCCGACUGGAAUGAAUGUAAACAUAGCUUCGCAAUAUCAUCAAGUUGCUUCGCAAUUACAGAAUUAUGUCCAUAGCAAUAAUGAACAUCCACUUUAUGCUGCUCGUGGGAAUGUUCUACAAAUGCAACCAACAUAUGGAACAGCAUAUGCAAGUCAUGCGCCCAGUGGUUUUUAUAAUAGUCGAUUACCAAUGGGUGAAUAUUCUGGCGCGAGUAACAAUAAUAUCGAUGAUUUUGCCACCCGGUUUAUGAGAUUCUUUUUUCGUCGUUAA